AUGUUCGCAACAGUGAUAUCCCCCGUGGUGACGGUGCGUCCUGCGCCAGUUGUUUACACAACUACGUACAGUGUCGUGCCACAAACAGUUGUGUAUACGAUUCCACAAACCAUACCGAUUAUUAAAAAUAUUCAAGUUAUCCCUUCCCCACAAGUAUGUCUUAGCUACUCAUACGCCGCGCCCGUAACGACUGUUAUCCUUUAA